AUGUCGUCAGUGGGGCUGCUGAUCGCCCGCGAUUCCCAGAACUUCGACGACGUGAAGUCUGCCUACAGCACACUGCUGGUGCACAAACAGAGCGUUGUUAUCGAAACAACCGGCAGAGGUGCGAGUGUGCGCACAAGCUCUCUCAACCUGGUUCUUUCAACCAUUGGAGUUGGUGCGCUGACCCUCCCAUGGACGACGGCCUCCGUGGGAUGGCUCCAGAGCGGCACGCUUCUGUUGACCUUCUUCUUCGUGAGCAUCUACAACCUCUAUCUCUUGGACGAGGUGUGCCGCUCGCUUCCCAGGGCUGCCGAUGCUGGGUCUUAUGCUAACAUGGUUGCCUCAGUUCUUGGUAAGCCUGGUGCGUAUGCGCUGGAGAUGUUCAUGCUUCUUUACAGCUUCGGCCUCUCUGUGUCAUAUCUGGGCGUCGUCGGCUCGGAGUUGGCUGUCUUCGCCCAGCUCAUUCUCGGAGCUCCAAGCGAGACCCUUCAAAGGAAUCUCAUAUCGGUCGUGGCGGUUGUAAUUGUGCUGCCGCUCUCCCUCCUGCCUGACACGCUGCUUCGUUUGUCUGGGGCCGUAGGAACUUUCUGUAUGAUCCUUACCACGGUCAUCGUGGUUUGCAUGGUUCCCUGGAAACUUUCUUGGCCCUUUGUGGAAUUCUGCAACGAUGCACUGGCUGAACACCUGCACGCAGGUAACUUGGAGCCCGUUGCGUGGGUUUCGUCACCCAAAGAACUCCUAUCCGCCGUGCCAAUGUUCAGUUUUUGCAUGAAUGCGGCCACCGCAUUUGUAUCCAUCCGCUCGGAGAUGGUAGCCCAGAAGUUUGCCAACAUUCAGCCUCAUCGCAAGGACGUGGUUGCGUUGAUUUGGGUGGCCCAAACCUUUGCCCUGCUGGACUACAUGGUUUCAGCUGCGGCAGGCUAUGUUGCUUUCUGCGGCGCAGCUCCCGACAACGUCCUCGAUGGCUUCCCGACCAGCCACGUGCCAAGCCUCGUGGCUCGGUUGGCCCUGGCGCUACAGCUGGCAGCUGCCUGUGCAGGAGUCUACAUCCCCUUAGCACGUGCAGCUCUCUGCCAUCUUUGGUUCGGCGUCAGCUCGGACUCGCCGAGAGGAGUGUCGCGGAUGGUCUCCACGGUCAUACUUGUUGCCAGCAUGGUUCUGGUGGCAAGGGCACUGGAUGGUGCGCUGGCUCUGCCUUUGGGGCUCACAAGUGCCGUUUGCACCACGGCGAUUAUGUUUGUGUUCCCCGGCAUGUGCGCCAGCUGCGUCCACAAGUCCAUUUGGGGCAAGGUCCUGCCGGUGACCUUCGCUGUGGCAGGGGUCCUGAUUGGCACAGCGUCGACCGUGACGCUGCUUAUCACUUCGGGUAUUCUGCGGUAG